AUGAAGUGCCUGCUGCUGUUCGUCUGCGUCGCCGGCGUCCUCGGCGAUUUCUGGCCGUAUUUCCACCAUCGCAACGGGCAGAAGCCGGAAGAUUGCCUGGAGCAGGAGUACUUCGUGAAAGAAGGCUCUCGCUGCGAUGCCGAAUUGUGCAGCGGGCCGGCCACAUGCCCUCGCAUCCUUGCAUAUAACGUUUGCUUGUGCAAGCCCGGCCUGGUGAGAAGAGCCGACGCUUGUACUGCCGGAGCGUGCCCAGCCUCAACUGAUACAGCCUGUGUCGGCACACAGAUUGACGGAGUCGGACAGUGCUGUCCUGGAUCUGGAAUCGUUCCCGUCACAACCACCACUUCUACCACCAGAACCACGACAGCCACCUGCGUCGAUCUGCUCAAUCCUGUGACUGGCGUCUCUGACUGCCCGAAGCGUCGUGCUCUCUGCGGAGACUCCACCUACUACUCGGUGAUGGCCGUCCAGUGCAGGAGGACGUGCGGAUUCUGCGCCACUACUUCUAGCUACUCGUCGACCUGCGUUGAUCUGACGAACGCCUACACCGGAAUCUCGGACUGCUCCAGCCUCAGGUACCUCUGCAACAACUCGCUCUACUCGACCCUGAUGGCCUCUCAAUCUCCAAUCUCAAAAGCAUCAACUAACAUGAACUCCGGCAAGUAUUCGACUUCCACCCUCUUCUUCAUCUUCGCCCUCUUCGGUUCCACUACAGCUCUCAAUUGCACUUCAUCCCUGGGACCAUGCUUUGCCAACGUCAGCUGCGUCGGCGUCAGUACCACCCAGGGCACAGUCUGCACGGCUAAUGGAUGCUGCGCGGGUGCAAAUCUUAUUGACGGCACGGCCACGUCGUUCACAUGCUCUGGAGGGGCUAUUGGACCUUGUAACGCUGGAGCUUGCCCAGCCUCGACCGAUACGGCUUGCGUCGGAACCCAAAUCGAUGGAGUGGGACAAUGUUGUCCUGGAUCUGGAAUCGUUGCUGUUACCACGACUACAUCUACAACAACUGCCACCACAACCUAUUGCGUCGAUCUCCUGAACCCGGUCACCGGAGUCUCGGACUGCCCCAAGCGCGCCUACCUCUGCGCCGACUCCACCUACUAUUCGGUGAUGGCCGUCCAGUGCAGGAAGACGUGCGGAUUCUGCGCUACUACCUCGUCCUCAUCAACUACUUGUGUCGACCAAGUCAACGCCUACACUGGAGUCUCGGACUGCUCUUCUUUGAGCUACCUGUGCUCGAGCCCGACCUACGCUACGCUCAUGGCCACCCAGUGCUGCGCCACCUGCUCGAGCUACGGAAAA